AAGUGUUGCACCUCGUGGUGGUUAAUGCGGAUGGCGAACCGUAAUCCGUGUGCCUCGUCGUUUAAAAAUAUUAUGUGAAUAUAUUUAAGAAAUACAAUACAAUUUUAAUUUUGUUUUAUUUUAUGCGAUUGUCGUGCCCAGUACCCAUUGAGAAAUUGUCAUCAAACGGAUUCCGCCAUGAAGGAAGUGGUCGGCGGUUUCUCGCAUUCGGGUAGGUAUUAUGCCGAAAUCAACGUCAACGGCAAGUUAAAUGUGUGGGAUACAAAUGCCGGUGAUCUGCAACAUGAGUAUUCGCCCAGCGGUCAUUUGAGCGCAUCAAUAUCCUGCGUCCAAUGGAUACAAAUGGACAACACUGACGUUAUGUGCGUCGGCACCCAAAAAGGCUUUGUCGAGUUCUACAACGUAGCCAGCGGCAGCGUCAUGUCUAAAAUAAAUACGCAGUCCAAAACGGUCAAGAGCAUAUAUUUGUCAGGUCAAUAUCUAUAUACAGGAUCUGACGACGGGAGUGUCGCCAAAUACUGUUUGAAAAAUAACGUAUUGGAAAUUAAGAAAAAAUUAGGUAAAAUGUCAGCCUUGGCUGUAAUGGGUGAUGAAAGGGUUUUGACCGCCUCUAGAGAAAUUAAACUUUGGAAUUAUCCAUCAGGUGAACUGGUUCAUAAAUUCAUUGGUCAUAAAAAUGAAAUAUUUUCAUUACACAUAGUCGAGGCCGACAAAUGUUAUCUUUUAACUUCUGCCCGAGAUCGUUUCAUAAAUAUUUGGUCUCUCAGCGAUCUUAAACCAGAACCGUUAGCUACAUUAAUAUCUGAUGACGAUAUUUCAUCAGUAUAUGUUUAUAAUAGCAGAAAUAAUAUUACCGUCACGGUAACCACAGAAAGCGGUAUGUUACAUGUAUACCAUCAUGUAUUAAACGGCUGUGUUGCUUAUCCUCUGAAACCUCAAGGAACUCUUCAAAUAGCAGCAGACUGCAAUAAAGGCGAAGAAGCAAAACAAAUGCCAAUAGUGUCUAGUAAAAUAUUUGAUUCUAGAGUGUUUAUAGCGUAUGGUACGAGACCGUUUUUGGCAUUUGAAAAUAUGGACUUAAAUAAAUUAAACAAAAGUAUGUAUCUAGCGAGACAGGACCCAAGAAAGUCAAAAUCAGUAAUGAGUGCACAUGUUGUUCGUCCUAAUAUGGAUGACGUAAAAUUUAAUGAACAGAAAAAGAUAAGAUCUUCUGCCAAUUUGCCUCUAGAGACUAGACUUCAAAAUAUGUCUGAAGAGAUUGAAAACACCGUUCAAACCAAAGGUGAAAGUAUAGUGCAUUUAUUAGUUCAAGGCUUACGUAGUAAUGAUAAGAGCCUCUUGGAGUCUGCAUUGUUUGUAAAAGAUGAGCGAACAAUAGAUAAUACUGUUUCACGAUUACCACUUCAGUCUAUUAAUUUACUCGUGCAAAAGCUAAUACGAUUGUCACAAGAUAGAACGUCAGUAAGUUCUAUCAGUGUACGGUGGCUAAUAUCAAUAUUACGUAUUCAUGCUAGCGUGAUUUUAGUAAAUCCCAAUAUUCUAGAAACAUUUUUACCAUUAGAAGAUGUUUUAGGAACAAGACUUAGUAAUUUCAAGCAAUUGGGUUUGCUAGAUUUCAAAUUGAAAGCGUUGGUAGACAAAUUAAAUAACGAUAAGCGUCAUAAAGAAGAGCGAGAAGCAUUGUUGGUAUAUAAUGAUUCUGAUGAUGGUGAUAAAAGGACAACUGAUGAAGAAGAUGCGAUGGACAUAGACUUGAAUGGUGAUAAGAAGUCGGAAGCAUCUGAUUUCACAGAUGAAGAAAUGGAUGGUGAUUAAUUUAUAAAAAUGUUACAUUUAUUGACAACUUUGUUGAACUUAAAUAUUGUUUGUCAAAUGUUUUAUUUUUCAGACUGUUCUUGUUGUUAUAUAUUAUUUCCCUUAUGAGAUGUACAUUUUUUUUUGUAAAAAUAUUUUUAAAAAUUAUUCAUUUUUUAAGGAAUUUAUUUAAAAUAUAAAAUUGUUCAUUGUUUAAAUUGUAUUUAA